AUGGCCCCCACCAAGCAGCUCCUGGGCCUCGCAGCUGUGCUCCUGCUGCUGAGUGUUCCGCACCUAGUUGCGCCAGUAUCAGCGAGCAGCAGACUCCUGAAAGACAAAGAGUUGGCAGAUGUGGCGCCGGCGCCGUCCAAGCAAACACCACCGGCCCCUACACUAACUCCCACUUCAAACCCCGACCCCAACCCCGACCCCCUCCAUGGGGUAAGCAGUACGAACCCCCCAGGGUAUGCUGUUGAGGGGGAUCCCAAUGUUGCACCACCCUUCAAUCCCAAUACGCCCUGGCAGAUUCACACUCAGAUUGGAGACUCGUCCUCAACCUCCAUUACCUUCCUUUGGGCGACUGGGUCCUAUGUGGCAGCCCCCUCCGCCGUUGACCCACUGCAUGUUUGCCAGACCAUUCCCUACAAGAUGCAGAUGGCUAAUCCAACCGCUUAUCCCUUCGCCACGUGUGGGCUUGUUAGCGACCCCCUUGCCACCGCUGCGGACCCCGCAACCGGGCCGGGAUCGUUCGUGUACUACAGCAGUUCGGACAGCAGUCUUCGGACGUUUAGCACGUCUGUCGCCGGCACCGCCAAGGUUUAUCAGCAGCUCGGUGGUCUGGCUAACCAGGCCGGCCAGCAACCCGGAAGCAACCCUGGGUCAACCUACCGUUCCCCACUGCUUCACGCAGUUACGGUCCGGGGUUUCGCACCGGGUACCACUGUUUACUACAAGGUGGGCGAUGCCAGCCGCGGCGCUAUUUCGAACGUCCGGAGCGUGACGCUCCCGUCGCAGGGCUUCCCGUUCGUUAUGGGCGUCACGGCUGACGUCGGCCAGACCAUCUACAGUGAGCAGACCAUCCAAGGACUGCAGGGACUGGGCGCACAAGCAAUUGUCGUGGCUGGAGACCUUGCCUAUGCCGAUGACUACAACGACAUUCAGCGCAUCGGAUGGCAGCCGCGCCGGUGGGACAUUUGGGAGGUGCUCAUGUCUCCGGUCUGCUCCGCCAUCCCGUGUAUGACCGCCAUGGGCAAUCAUGAGGAGGAGUCGGAGUUCUACUAUGGUGACGACUACGUGCCGACAUUCAACUGCGAGACGUCUGCGGCCGCCGGAGGCGACGUGCCGCAGUGUGCUCUCAGCUGGAGGACCCGUCACCCGGUGGUCCCCGUCCCCUCCAUGAACUUCAGCUUCCAACUCCCCGGCGGGGAUAAGCUAUACUACUCCGUCAAGAUCGGCCCCGCCCGGUGCCUUUUCGCGUCCUCGUAUGCGCAGAGCGCCCCUGGAUCCGCCCAGUAUAACUUCUUGCAGCAGGAGUUGAUCAACUACAAGAACAGCCGCCGCGAGAACGGCGCCAACCCUUGGCUGAUUGUAGUAGUCCACGAGCCCCAGCUAUCAUCCACCCCCGGGCAGGCCUCGCAGCUGCAACCGGUCACAACUGUGACUCAGGCCCAGGGCGCGGUUCUUCUCCCCGGGCAGGUCCUCCCGAGCAGUCCGACGUCACCCUACGGCAGCGCCAAGGGGUACUACUUCUUCAACAACCUGAACGACCUCUUCUACCAGUACGGAGUCCACUUCUUCAUCACUGGGCACCAACACGAUUACGAGCGGAGCUACCCGGCGAAGGGCUACGAUAACGACAACUGCGGAGCGGUAACGCUCGUCGUGGGCGACGCCGGUAACGAGGAGGGCGCGGAGGCCAGCUUCGUGGACCCUCAACCUAGUUGGUCCGCCAAGACGUCUUCGCUGUUCGGCUACGGCAAGCUGACGUUCCAGAGCGCAUCCGUCGCGCUGUGGCAGUGGAUGGCCGACGACGGCUCCGCAAUUGUUCAGAUGACCUUCACGAGGAACGCCGGCUGUCUCAACCAGAUGUACUAA